GCAAAGGCGGUGCGGCGGAGGCGGAGCGGGCGCUGCGGCAGGAGGGAAGAUGGCGGACGAGGAGAAGCUGCCGCCCGGCUGGGAGAAGCGCAUGAGCCGCAGCUCAGGCCGGGUGUACUACUUCAAUCACAUCACUAACGCCAGCCAGUGGGAGCGGCCGAGUGGCAACAGCAGCAGUGGUGGCAAAAAUGGACAGGGCGAGCCCACCAGGGUCCGGUGCUCACACCUGCUCGUCAAGCACAGCCAGUCGCGGCGGCCCUCGUCCUGGCGGCAGGAGAAGAUCACCAGGACCAAGGAGGAGGCCCUGGAGCUGAUCAAUGGCUACAUCCAGAAGAUCAAGUCAGGAGAGGAAGACUUUGAAUCUCUGGCCUCACAGUUCAGCGACUGCAGCUCGGCCAAGGCCAGGGGAGACUUGGGUGCCUUCAGCAGAGGUCAGAUGCAGAAGCCGUUUGAAGAUGCCUCCUUUGCACUGCGGACGGGGGAGAUGAGCGGGCCCGUGUUCACGGAUUCCGGCAUCCACAUCAUCCUGCGCACAGAGUGAGGGGGCGGGCGGCCCGGCCCGGCCUGCGGUGCAGGGCGGGGCUGGACGGUGGCCCACAGACCCUGCUGCUCCCUGCUGCCGGCUGGCCAACAGGUGGCCCUCUCUGCUAAUGUUACAGUAUUUAUUGUUCCCAAAAUGGCUGGGGGGAGCCCUUCACCCCUGGGGCCUCCCUCUCUGCCCCCAGUUGGGGCUGUCCCUGCCAGACUCCUCUCCCCUUUAGGAAUUGACUUCAGAAGGGUGGCUGCGUGGGGAGGCUCCCAGACCGAAGGGGUGGGAGGGGACUUGUCCCAAAGAGAAGGGCCUAGUCAGCUGAGCUGCCCCCGUGCCCCCUGCCCAGGCCCAGGAUGGGGGCAGGAGGGCCCCCAGUUGUUUCUGGUUAUGCUAUGUUCCUCUAUUCAGUUGCAAAAAGCAGAUGCUCCCCUCAGGGCCCAGGCUGCCCAGCGCCCGGGCCCUUCUCCGAGCGGCAGUGCAGCAUCCUCCGCACCCUCGAUUAAACUUGGAACCACUG